AUGGCAACACAAGCGGUGCCUUCUCGAAAUGGAGUCUCUGGUAAAGACGCAGUGAAUGCAGGGACACCAAAUCAAACACUGUACUGUACAAACCUGCCGGAGAAGAUAAGCAAACCUGAACUACGGCGAGCUCUUUACAUGCUCUUCUCGACUUAUGGACCGGUGUUGGAUGUCAAUGCAACGAGAGCGAAGGGUAUGCGAGGUCAAGCACAUAUCGUGUUCAGAGAUAUACAGACUAGCACGCAGGCCAUGCGAGCAUUACAAGGGUUCGACUUUUUUGGAAAAGAAAUGGUGCGCAUAGACUCAAGCCCAUGUCCUGAACACCAGGCACUAAAUUUGGCGCAGAAAAUCGUAUAUGGCAAAGGUCAAUCCCACAUCAUUGCCAAACUUCGCGGCACCUUCGAAAUGCCCAGCGUAGCAACAGAAGCGACAACAACAACCGAUUUGCAGAAAUCUAUUUUCAAUGCACCACCGGGAAGCGUUCCUUCGAAGCCCGUGGAGAUUCCCCAGAACAAAUCUUCAGAGUCAGAAGCGCCACAUGGCACCAAAAGACCCAGAGACGAGGAAGAAGAGGACGAACAAGGCGAGGCACCGAUGGAGGAGGACGAGGACAGUGAUGCACCCAUGGAAGCGUCUUCAGACGAGGAUUGA